AGGGCUAGAAAGCUUCAGGGUUGGCCUUUGUCCUAGACCAUUUGUAGCUAUGGACUUGCCAGAUGACAGCCAGUGGGAUGAAACCACCUGUGACUUGGCUCUUUGCCAGCAUCCACAAUGCUGGGCAACUGUCCGCCGGAUUGAGAGGGGCCAUCCUCGAAUCUUGAGCUCACCCUGCAAAACUCUCCAGCCAGAUGAAGAUAAACUCCCAGAACUCACCAUUGUAAACAUGUCAGAUUCCUGCUUCUUUUCUCGUCAUUUAUCAAAAUUUACCUUCAGUAAAGCUCGUUCUUUGUUGUGUCGUGGUUCAAAGUCUAAGUCCAAAUUUCAAGGCAGGCCUCAGAAAGGUUUGCCUGUCAAAAGUUGGAUCAACAGUACUAAUAAACCUUCCAAACUUUCAGUGUUGAAUUUGAAUGACACACCGCUUCCCUGCUCUGAAGAUGUUAGCAAUAUGGUUGUAAUCUGGGUCCCAGAAGAAUCAGAGAAAAGUGUGAGUCUACCUGAGAAGCGUGAUUUGACCAGCCAGCAUAGGAAGAACAAAGUGAAGACAUGGGCAGGCAAAAAGGGUUCAUCCCCGAGUUUCUCUAGAAAGCAGUACCCAGAAACACAGUCAAGAAUGCUAAAGAUGAUUGUGCCUCCCCCAACCCCAGUACCAUUGUCUGAGCAAUUAGCUUCAGACUGCAUACCUUCGUGGGACCCAUUCCAUGUGUUACCUCAGGACCUACUGGAGGAACUUCUGUCAGAUGAAGGGAAAACCAUGCUGUCUCCCGAGAUGAAGAUACAAUUAGCUAUGAUGAAAAAGAGUCUUCCCCUGGAAAAGAACCGACCUGACAGUGCAAUUUCCUCUAAGAUGUUUCUGUCUGUACACCGCCUCACCCUGCAGAGACCAGCAUUGCGAUACCCUGAAUUUUCAAAGAAAUUACGUUGUAACCUGAAGACAGAAGAUGGAUUUGCUGGUUGGCAGCAAGAACAGCAGCGGCAGCAAGAACAGCAGCAGCAGCAACAGAGGAGGGUGCAAACACCUACUAAGGAGGCUAAAAAUAAAGCCAGGAAUGGUCCAGGGAUCCAGGGCACUUCAAAUAAACGUUUAAGCACCAUCGCUUAUGACCCUCUCUUUGGUCUCAGAACUCUUCGAGGUCAGAAAAGUCACAUGAAGCAGCAGCAGAAUUCCACAGAGAGAUCAAAGAUGGACUACUCUAAGAAGUGUGUGGAUUUCUCCCUCAGUAUGGAAAGUCUUGGAUCACCUGAAAGAGAACUCACUAACAAGAACAUUAGUGCUCCAGUGAAGGCUACGCUGGAACCCCAGGCUUCCAGGUCUGAAGACAGCUGGAACCCUGAGCUCAAACUCCUGAGGAUUCUUCAGGCCACUGACGAUGAGGAUGACGAUGAUGACGAUGAGGAUGAGGAUCAGGAUAAAGAGAAACAUCCCUUAGGAGCACAGAAUGAGGAAGCAUAAAUUGAGGGCACCACCUGGGGUGGCCUUAUUCCAAAGCAGGGUGCUUAGUAUCCUGAGGACAACGUAAGGGCAGAAAGGAAAGGGGAUUUUUGCUCUCUGGAAACUUUAUCAGUGCCUCAGCUUAGGGAUUCUGUUUUCUGUAUUUACUUCUCCUUGCCUUUAAUUGAGGGAGAAAAAGCCCUACCCCCUUUAAACUUAGAUUAUUUCUCUUCCAUUAGGA